CCCUGUACUCUGCACUGUAGCCAAAUAUAGUUCGCUUUUACCAACAUAUGCUGCUUAUUUUGUUUUGCUUUCUUUUUUCCUCUCAAGUUAAUUUUAUUGGACUCUCUACAGCAUUUCUGCUUCUAGGCCAUGGUCCUGUUCCUGACGUGCUCAUCACGCAGCUCUCUCCCACGAGACCUGUGCAGGAGGUCUUCAUAAGAAAGAGCUAUCUCAGUCUCAGCAGUACGCUGGCUGCAGAGGGCUCCAGCUGCAGUGGGUCCAAGCGGGAGGAAUCGCCCCCCUUUGGGGCUGAACUGGAUCGGAGGGGCGUUCCCCACCGUCAGAGAAGUCCGGUCUUCCAGCGCUGGAAAGCUCACACAGGGAUGCCCCCGGUCCUGCUCCCCGGAUCCUCCCGCGCUGGGGAGAAGCCCCACUGCGCCUCGCUCUCAUCUGGCCUGAACCGAUUCCUGAACACCUUGCUCCAGCAUCCACUCAGCACCCAGCCCAGAACACCCAAGGCUUGCACCAGCUCCAGCACCAGCCCAACACCAGGACCCACAGAAGCACCUCACAGAGGUGCACAUGCUUCAGAGCAGAUCCACAGGGUCAGCAGAGACCUGGAUAAGGAGAACGCCCACUUCAUCGUGGUGGACAUGGUACUGGAGGUGCUGGAGGAGGCUGUGUGGGCAUCUCAGACACAGAGGGGGCCCCGGCUGGCAGGGAGGCGCGGCCAGCGCAAGCCCAGGCACAGGGCCAGUGCUGCGCUCUCUGCACCCACCGCAGACAUCCAGCCCGUGGACUCAAGCCCCAUCUUCACCCAGGCAAAACCCCCUGGAGACCAGGCAUGUGACCCAGGCUGUGGGACUGACCAAAUAUCUGCCACUGGAAGUGCUGACUCUUCCCCACUGAAAUCCUCUUUGAUACCCACAAUCCCCUGCUCUGCUGAGGCCCUGGCCCAACAGCUGAUGUCAGCCUUCUGGAAGCAGUGGCUCCCCCAGCAGAGCCGCUGGUGCCGGUCGGGGCCGCGGGUCCUAAGGCUGGACGAGUUGCUAUCCAGCAGGAACUCCAUGAUGAUGGAGAACAGCCCCGCUUUGACGGAGGAGAUCAGGCAGAAGUCCAGGAUGAGAGGAACUCACACCUGGACCCCACCCCGUUUCCAGAUCAUCUGCAACAUCCACCCCCCAAAGAAGCGGAGCACAAUUGUGGCUUCACAGCAGUACCUGUGCGCCGGCUGUGGCACUGAGGUGGAAGUCAGGUACAUCAAGAAACUGCGAUACUGCGAGUACCUGGGCAAGUACCUCUGCGACUGCUGCCAUAGCCUGGACGAGUCGGUGGUCCCGGGUCACAUUGUUGAGCACUGGGACUUCACCCGCUACCCUGUGUGCAACUUCUCCAAGCAGCUCCUGGAGAACAUAUGGCAUCAGCCCCUCUUCAAUGCCACCAGCAUAAGCAGGAGCCUGCACCCCAGGCCUCGGGAGCUGGAAAAGUUCAGGGAACUUCAGGAGCAACUGGUAUCCAUUAAGAAGUUCCUGGCAGCAUGCAGACUGGCAGAUGGGCUCCUGCAGGAAUUUCAGCAGCUGCCCCAUCACCUAACUCAGGACCCGCCUCUUCUCUCUUUGGACGACCUUCUGGGCAUCAAGCGCGGGUCUCUAGUGGCACAGGCCAAAGCACUGCUGCGGAAGGCCCUCGCCCACGUGGAUCACUGUGAGCUCUGCCUUGCCAACGGCUUCAUCUGUGAGUUCUGCCAAGGCUCUGAUGUCAUCUUCCCCUUCCAAAAGGAGACGUGUAAACGCUGUACAGCAUGCAAGGCCUGUUUCCAUAGUGACUGCUUCCGAAAUGCAGGAUGUCCUCGAUGUACUCGAAUUGAGACUCGCAAGAAGCUAAUGGACCCUUGUGCUGUGCCAGAGGCAUAGUGCUGCCCAGCAAAACUAUUUUUAUUACAAUUUGUCUGAGAAAUGAAAUGUUUGUUUAUUUUACAUUUUUUGAUGCUUUUAAUCAAGGUAAUAAACAACUGAGGAUACAGAGUCAGCCACUCUCUAAAGCGAUUGAGGUUAAGGGCCUUCCUCAAGGGCCCAAUGGUGAAGUCAGUCUGCCAACCUUAGCAUUUGAACCAGUGACCUUCCAACCAGACGUACAGUGUGAAAACCCACAGAACCACACAGCAGCUCGCUUAUUUAAGUGCACAGGAAUGUCCCAAAGCAUACAGCUGCCUUGCACUCGUCUUAUCUUCUUCCUCUUUCCAAUGUCAUGUGAAACUGGACAUUGCAAAUGGUUAAAAGUAGUUCAAAUUUAAUGCAGUGUACUUGAGGCUUGGAUGCAGUAUGACAUGGCCUGAGAUACAACUUCAGAAACUGGACUGAAGCGGAGAACUUAUGAUACAGUUACAGUGACUGUUUUAUGUGGCUAUAUGUUGAAAGUUACAACGUGAGUAAGCAGACAUCCCAAGUCUCCCGGAAAUUCCGGGAGUCUCCCGCAUAUUGAUAGCGGCUCCCUGAUGCCUGCAAAUUGAAUAAAAUGUCCCGGAAACUAGAGCAAGCACACAAGAGCAUGCGCGCGAGACAGUAACGUGUCCAUCGCGCACUUGAGAAAAUCGCGCGCACGACGGAAUGAGAGAGAGAGAGAGAGAGAGAGAGAGCGUGCGUAUGUAUGGAUCCCUGCGUGUGUGCCUGUUCAUGUAGCCCGUGCUAGACAGACAGCAUCCUGAUUGGUCUACUUAGCAAAAUAAGCCAAUCAGAUUUCAGUGCGGGCGGGCUUUUAUUUAACUUCUCGAGGACCGAAGUUAUCGGUUCAGUGGAGCCUUCGAAAUUUAGUGUGCUGACUAGAAAAAAUUAAUUAACAAAAAAUUAUACAUAUGGCCAAUGUAGAAAUUCUCUUGUGUGAAAUAAAGUCAUUUCCCUUCUUGGCGGGGGGGAGGGGGGGACCUCCCUGAAAUGAGUUUUUGCAGGUUGGGAUGUCUGAGUAAGUCUUCUUAGAGGUCCCUUCCUUUCAGGCUACAAUAUCUGGCUGUUUCAAUUGAAUAGUAUAUUUUUAGGGUGGCCAUUUGCCUUCAACAAUGUAUUAACAACGUCUUUGGUUUGCUAUUGCUAUAGUGCAGAAUAAUUUCUGUGUAUAAUUUAAGUAUUAAUGUCGACAUAUGUCCAUAUAUAUAUGUGUGUGUGUGUGUGUGUGAGUGAGGGAGUGAAAUGAUUGCAAAGCAGCUGUGGAUUUUGUUGCUUUUGCUGAUAUUGUUGCUGUUGUUUUAACCCCAGAGGUUCACUUUGGCUAGGAGCCAAUGCUACUCUAUUUGAUGUUCUCACCAUUAAUUGUUUGAGAAUUAUAUUUAGUCUAUAAUACUAGAAAAAGUCAGGGCUGUACUGAAACCUCCUGGUUUGCGCCCCACCUAGUUUGUUCUUGGAGCAUUUAUGUAGGAGACUUUAUCCCUCAGUCUUUGAAUGGCUUAUCCUGAGCAGGGCUGCAGGAGGUCCUGGAGCCGAUCCCAGGGCUUAAGGCUGGCAUACACCUUGACAGGAUGUAGGUCCACCCCAGGACAUAAGGCUAGUAUAUAGCCUGACAGGAUAUAGGUCCACCCCAGGACAUAAGGCUAGUAUAUAGCCUGA